AUGCUGUGCACUUUUGAGAAUUUAGCGCUUUACAGCCACCCCACUGAGGCACCUGGUGUUCCCCGAGGUCUCCCAUCACAGCACUAUCCAGACCCUGCCCCGCUUAGCUUCAGAGGUCUGACAGGAUGUGGCUUUUCCCUGCAGGUUCUCGACCCCGGGGCCCUCACGCUCUGCUCGAAUUCCUCCGUCUGCGGCUCACAACAAACAAAGCAUUUACCACGGCGUGACGGUUUGGUGACAGCGGCCUGGAGUGAGAUGUAA